AUGGCCGUCGAGGCACACUUGAGCAACAAGUCGCGGAAUUCGCUGUGGUGCGACAAGUCAAGAGGUUAGCUAUGGUCCGAGGAAUGGGUUUGCGGGCGUUGCAGUUGCACUCACGCCUCGUUGGAUCGGUCGAUGGUGACGGCGAUCUCCUUGAUUCGUGCGAUGGCCUGUGGUCGGGGCUUGUCAGUGUUGUGCUCACAGCCUUGAACGGAACACGUCGACCGGGUACUGACCAGUUGAGCCGCCUUCCUGUACCCCUUGAUGAUAACGUGAGGGCUCACGCCGUCCUCGACAAAGGUCUUGCUCUCCCUCAACAGCUCAGCCGCAAGCAAGACGACGCUGGUCGUGCCAUCGCCGACUUCCGCAUCCUGCGCUCGCGCGAUAUCGACCAGGGUCUUGGCGGCGGGGUGAAUGACCUCGAGGAGUUUGAGUAUGGUCGCUCCGUCGUUGGAGAUGGUGGCCUGGCCGUUGUUGCCGACGAUGAGCUUGUCCAUGCCACGGGGACCGAGCGUCGAGGAGAUGGUUUGCGCGAUCGCGAGGCAGGCGCCGAUGUUGGACAAGAGUUGAGGGGUUCCUGUUGGGUGUUUAUAAGAGCGUUGGUGGCGGGUUAUAGAAAGGUGUGGCUGACUGGGGUGUCCGCGCACGCGUCGCGACGUCUGGCCGUCGCGGGAGAGCAAGACUGA